AAAUUCGGUACGAAUCCAUCAAAAACACAUCGUGGCAAAGUUUUUCUUGCAUCAAAAAAGCAUUUUUCCGAACGAAAUCCCUUGAAUAAGUGCAUCAAGAUGUAUUCCAACAACGAUUACGAUGACAAUGAUUACAUGUACGACGAUUACGGUCAUACGGGAGACCCAACGAUGGAUCGCGAGUACGAACGGGGCUAUUAUGGCAGUCAAAUCCCUGAUGUCGUGAAAAAAUUCCUCAUUUACUUCCGAAAUGUCAUCAAUGAGGGCUCAACAGACGACAUCCAGCAACUUUACGAAACAACUUUCCCGAAACUCAGCGAAACGCAUUUCGAGAAACGGGCUUGGCCUGAUGAAGAUGAAGUUGCUAACAUUGUCGAGAAUGACGCCGUUUUCAUCAUUUUGUAUAAGGAACUGUAUUAUCGUCACAUUCAUGCUCGCAUCCAAGGAGGUCCGAGUUUGGAUCAAAGAGUUGCUUCAUUCUUGAAUUAUUGCAACUUUUUCAAUUAUAUUUUGUCGGCGCCGCAACCUGUAGCUUUGGAGUUGCCCGAUAUCUGGUUAUGGGAGCUUGUUGACGAAUUCGUUUAUCAAUUUCAGAAUUUCGCGCAAUAUCGUGCCCGUUUGGUUGACAAAAGUGAAGAGGAGAUGGAUCAAUUGAUGACGAAUAACAUGAAAGUUUGGAAUAUUUUGUGUGUGUUGAAUGUGUUGCAUUCGCUCGUGCAAAUUUCCAAUAUCAAGCAACAACUCGAUACCGCAGCACAAGGCGGCGAUCCAGAUUCUGUCGCUGGAGAUUUUGGUCGUUUGCCGUUCUAUCGGAUGUUGGGUUACUUCAGUUUGGUUGGUUUGUUGCGAGUUCAUUCACUUUUGGGCGACUACCAUCAAGCAAUCAAAGUCCUCGAACCCAUUGAAGUUCACAUGAAGAGCAAAUAUUGCGAUAUCCCGGCAUGUAAAAUUUCUACUUCUUAUUACGUGGGCUUCGCUUACAUGAUGAUGCGUCGUUAUGCGGAUGCCAUUCGCACUUUUUCCUCAAUUUUGUUGUACAUCCAACGCACGAAGCAAUUCUACCAGAAUCGCACGUACCAAAACGAUCAAAUUAACAAGCAAACGGAUCAGAUGUACCAUUUGUUGGCAAUUUGCUUGGUUUUGCAUCCGCAAUACAUUGACGAGUCCAUUCAACAAGUGCUUCGCGAGAAAAAUUAUCACGAUAACAUGUACAAGAUGCAAUGCGGCGAUUUGGAAGUUUUUAAGAAUUUCUUUAUUUUCGCAUGUCCGAAAUUUGUGUCGCCGUGCCCGCCAGCUGCAGAUGUUCCUGUUGAGGAUUACGUCAAAGAACCGCUGGAUCAUCAAACGCAAGUUUUCAUGGAUGAAGUACGGCAACAACAACAAUUGCCAACAAUCCGGUCGUACUUGAAGUUGUACACGACACUCCCGAUCGAAAAGUUGGCUUCGUUCAUGGAUCAGAAUAACCGUGAAGGUGAUGAUGAUCGUAAAGUUGCGAAACUUUUGACGCACUUGCUUUGCUUCAAACACAAAAUGAAGAAUGUUGUAUGGACAAAGGGUUCAAGCGGGCUCGAAGGCAAAUUCCAAUCUGGAUCUGAGUUGGACUUUUAUAUCGACAACAACAUGAUCCAUAUCGCUGAUACAAAAGUUUCGCAUCGUUACGGAGAAUUCUUCAUCAGGAAAAUUUUGAAGUUCGAGGACCUCAAUCGUCGUCUCCAUAAAAUCUAAAAAAAAUAAACGUAAAAAGGACUUUUUAAAAAAUUAGAUAUGCAACUUAUUCAUUCAUUCAAUUGUUUUGAUAAGGAAAUAAAAUUUUUUGAUAAAUUAUCAAAGCAAA